AUAUCUCAUGAAUACCAUGUAUUUCUUUACAUUCAUGCAUUCAUCCAACACUAGAUGCUGGAAGUGUGGAGAUAAAGAGACCUCUGCCCUCUAAGAAUGUUCUUUUGAAGUUCUUCACAGAAGCACAAAGUGGCUUCAACAUGCUUAAGUCUCUGAAAACUGGAAUUUAGGUUGAUUCCAUGAUACAUUGUCACUUGAAUGAUCAAUGAUAGAGUGUUUUCAACUUUCUCAGUGUGAUCUCUUUUCCAUGGUUUUUCAAUCACUAAAUUGUCUUUUCUGUCCAGGGACGUCUCUGAAACCUUCACACAACAACUGAAACUACCACUCUUGAGCUGUCCAAGCCUCCACAGGAAUGCUGGCAACACUUAACCCCAGGGGCUGACCCCAGGGCUGCUCCUUCCCAGCCUCUUCCCUUACUUCAGAGACUAUGUCAGCACAUUAUGAUGCACUAGCCUUAGAACAAUGCCCAGAGCAGCCUGGCGCCUCUGCUUCUUUUACUAAGUGGUUAGUCACCUGCCCAGUGGACAAAAAAACACCCUCUGCCAAAGAAAUGUAAAGAGUUGGAAACGUGCUAUUUGGAGACUCUUCUCCUAGUAGACAUCCAGGAGCUCUCCAGAGAUCUGUUUCAGCCUCGUCUCUCCACAACUUCAUCAUGAAAAGGAGGAAGCCCAAGCUGAAGUGAGUUAAAGACUUGGUCUCUAAGAGAAAACUGUGGCUUGGCCCCGAGUUGAGGUUUUUACAUAAGCGCAAUGAAGAAGAAUAACAGGAAGUCUGCCACGAGGAUCAAUGAGGAAGACGACAUCUGCAUCCCAGACUCCCAGGAUCCAGGAGAGCUUCAAAAUAUGUUGGAUGGAGGAGAGUACGCCCCCUUUGUGUCUCCUCCCAUAUUAGAAAGCAAUUUUAUCCAGGUCAAUAGGAGAGGUGAAUCCAUUUACCUGCAUAAUCGAGCCAACUGGGUGACUGUGGGCAUCUGCUCUUCUAGUCCCACCCACAAGAUCCCCAGCGUGAUGCUGCUGGCACAUCUGACACCUGCCGCCCAGAAGGACUCCGAACCCCUGUUUGAAAGUCUUCUGACGUCUCCUUCUUCAGAGAAACUGGUGCUCACCAGGUUUCUCCCUCUGCAGUUUGUGACUCUUUCUGUGCAUGACGCUGAGAAUAUGCGCAUCAAAGUAAAGCUGGUGAGUGGCCGAGCCUACUACCUACAGCUCUGUGCCCCGGCCUGCAAACAAGACACGCUAUUUUGUCAGUGGGUGGAACUCAUCUCCCUCUUGAAUCAGGAGAAAGCCAAAGCUUCCAAAGUGUCGGAAGUCUCCAGCCUCUCGGAAAUCACAAAUAGCACCGACAUCACAGGCUCCGUGGACAUCAUGGAUAUUGCAGCCUUCACAGCUGUGCAGGCCUCGCACCUGCACACAUGUUCAGACCCCAUAGAAAGCACUGAUUUCUCAGAAUUCACGGACGUCACCGACGUCACCGAUGUUACAGAUGUUCCAGAAAAUGAGAUCACAGAGGCCCCAGAUAUAAGAAUUGUCACAGAAGUCACAGAAGUCACAGACCUCUGUGAUGCCACAGGGGGCUCGGGGGUCACAGUGGUGUUUGAGAAUGAUGACAUACUCAGGGCCAAGCAAGAGGAAAAGGACAAAACGGAAACCAUUCUGAAGCCUGGGUGUCUACGAGAUACAAAAAGUAGAAAUGAGUUUCGAGACUCCUCAAAACAUGUCACCAUCUCGAACCUAACGCUGACUUUCGAAGGUGAAAGAUGUAUUCAAACAACUUUGGCUCCAGAAGAAAAUGAGAUGAAUAAAGCCACGGAGAUGAGCAACAGACCCUCCGAAAUAAAGACAACGGACUCUAAAAGCACAGCUCUCAAGGCUGAAGAAUCCAGGAGCAGGAGAACUGAUUCAGACACUUCAGAUAAAUACAAAGUACUAAACUAGAAAACAAGCACAGCUCAAGAAAUAACAAUCAAAGGAAGGGAAAACAAAGCAGUGUCUUCCAUGUGGCAGAAAUAAAGGCUACUACUAAUCAUU